GGAAAACGCCGAGAGGAAUCUAACACUGUUUUUUUAAUGCUGAAUAGGCGUUCCCGUGAUAUUUGUUUAUGCUUAAUUUCGAAAAAAAUCAGAUUUUGACUGCCUCGCUGACAGCCCAGAUUCACUUCCUCUUUCCUCCUCCUCCUUUUCAGGGUCUCAUCCGGUCUUCUUUCCACAAAAUGUGCUGACGGCGGGCGUCUUGACAGCGCAGCAGAAAGAUGACGUUAGGAGCCGAGAAGGCUCUUUUGGACAGAGCUGCACUCACUUUGUGUCUUCAGCUCUUGUGUUUUGUUGGCUCUUUACACGCUUUCAAAACGCAGCUGUUGCGCAGACACCGAGGUUUCUCUCACUCCAACGAGAUCCCCGUCAGCUACGAAACUUUUUACUUGGACCAAAAGAUUGAUCAUUUUGGCUUCGUGGAAGACGGCACUUUCAAACAGCGCUACCUUGUGGCCGACAAGCAAUGGCGCUCGCCCGGUGGUCCCAUUUUAUUCUACACGGGCAACGAAGGUGACAUCACCUGGUUCUGCAACAACACUGGCUUCAUGUGGGACGUUGCGGAAGAGCUGGGUGCCAUGUUGGUCUUUGCAGAACAUCGCUACUAUGGAGAGUCGAUGCCAUUUGGAGCCGACUCUUUCAGCGACAGCAAACACCUGAACUACCUGACGGCAGAGCAGGCCCUGGCGGAUUUUGCCAUCCUGAUCCAGAAUGUGAAGCUCAGCAGAGCCGGAGCCCAGCACAGCCCGGUCAUCGCCAUCGGCGGGUCAUAUGGGGGCAUGCUGGCUGCCUGGUUCAGGAUGAAAUACCCCAACGUCGUUAUCGGUGCUCUGGCCUCCUCCGCCCCAAUAUGGCAGUUCUCGGGUAUGGUGCCAUGCGGAGACUUCUACAAGGUAGUCACGCAGGACUUUGCCAAAAGUGGAAGCAACUGCGACGCCAAAAUCCGAGCGUCGUGGGGAGCCAUCAAUAACCUCUCCGCCACUGCGUCGGGUCUGGAGUGGUUGUCCGAGGAGUUCAGCUUGUGCGCGCCGCUCAAGACUGACAAGGACGUGUCGGACUUCAAGAAUUGGCUCCGGGAGACGUGGGUGAACCUGGCCAUGGUGGACUACCCCUACAAAGCCGACUUUCUGCAGCCGCUGCCGCGGUGGCCCAUUCAGGUCGCCUGCAAGUAUCUGGCCUUGGAUUCGUCGGCGUCGGAUCAGCAGCUCCUUCACGGCGUGUCCCAAGCGGCCAAGGUCUACUACAACUACACGGGAAGCUCCGCCUGUCUCAACACCUCCGAGACGGCCACAGGCAGCCUCGGUGUACAUGGCUGGGACUACCAGGCUUGCACGGAGAUGGUGAUGCCCAUGUGCACCGACGGAGUUCGGGACAUGUUCGAGCCCGCCGAGUGGAAUUUCCAGGCCUACUCGGACGAAUGCCACGCCAUGUUCGGCGUCAGGCCGCGAGCCGACUGGAUGGGCGCGCUUUUCGGCGGCAAAGGGAUCGCUUCGCACAGCAACAUCAUUUUCAGUAACGGCGGUCUGGACCCGUGGUCUUCCGGCGGGGUGACACACAACGUGUCCGAGUCCCUGGUGUCCAUCAUGAUUCCGGACGGCGCGCAUCACCUGGACCUGCGCUACGCCAACGAUCUGGACCCGCCUUCCGUACGGGAGGCCCGCAAGUUGGAGCUGAGCUAUUUUUGGAAGUGGAUCAGACAGGCGGCUAAAAAGCAUCAAAGGGGGGAAAAGUUGGGCUGAAACCCUCCAAAACGAGAUGUUUCCGUUUUUUAUUAUUAUAUUUUUUUUUACACAUUUGAAUGAAAGCUUUUAUAAAUCGCUCCCAAAUCCAAAUCAUUCGAGUUGCGGGUGAGCCGCAGCCUCUUUGCGGACUCCCAACAAAUUUUGUUCUUGUGCCCUCAACCUGAAUCAAUUCUGCACGUGCGCCGUCACGAGAUGCAACCGGAGGGCGGGGCACACCAAAUGAUCACGAUUCAGCAUUCGCAAGUCUUGAAGCAUGUGAAUUAAAACAAAAAGAAAAGAUUUAA